UGUUGGUGCGUACUGAUGGGUGGUCGUGUUCCUGACAGGGGGUGUGGUGGGCACUUCUACAAGACAUUACUUUCAACAACAGCCACAUAACGUUUCGAGCAAAGAUGCACACAAACGUAUAGUUCAAGCUCGGGAAGAAGAGAGGCAAGAAUUGCUUGAAACGGAGAAGAAUCCGUCAGCAGCGUGUCCUUUUGGACAUUAUUCGUAUGUGCAAAGAUGCGGCUUCCAUGUGUCACCGUUUUUCUUCUCACAGUCUCUUUGAGUAUAGACGAGAGUACAGCUAAGGGUGGAUGCUCAGGGUCUUCAUGUGGUGGAUGUGACUGCAGUGGUGUUAAAGGGGCGAAGGGUGAGGUUGGGCUCCCUGGUUUGAUGGGGCUUGUGGGAUUUCCUGGAUUACCAGGGCCUGAGGGCCCCUCAGGGCCAAUGGGACCAAAGGGAGAUUCAGGGCAGCCAGGAGCUCCAGGACUUAAAGGAAACAGAGGCCCACCUGGUGUGGCUGGUUUCCCAGGACAUCCAGGUAUUCCAGGUCUUCCAGGUCUAGAAGGUGCACCAGGACCUCAAGGAAUCCCAGGCUGCAAUGGAACAAAGGGGGAGCGUGGUUUUGACGGAGUUCCAGGGGUUCCGGGAGUGGAGGGACCACCGGGUAUUCCAGGUUUGAAGGGAGUAAAGGGAGAUCCAGGUGGUAUUAUCGGAGUACCCAUCCCUCAGAAAGGAGACAGGGGCUUGCCAGGACAAUCUGGUUCACCAGGACUAAAAGGUAAUCCUGGACAACAAGGGCCAUUCGGUCCACCUGGACCAGUGGGACCUCCUGGAAGGCCUGGUGACCAUGGCCAAAAGGGAGAGCCGGGUGACAAGCUGACGUUUGAGGGUGAGAAAGGACAAAAGGGAGAAAAAGGUUUAACCGGUCCUCCCGGUCCACCAGGGACAUCAGAGGGACAUGAAAGCCCUGGCACAACAAUUUAUAUUCCUGGACCACCGGGUGAAACAGGCUCUCAAGGAGAGAAAGGGGAUAUGGGUAUUUGUUCACCAUAUCAAUAUGGAAUUAAAGGUGAACCAGGACCACCAGGGCCAAUCGGCAAACCAGGGAAAGAUGGACAGAAUGGAGAGAAGGGGGAUCGGGGCUUUUCUGGUACUCCUGGACAUGAUGGCUAUAAGGGGGACAAAGGAGAAAGAGGACCACCAGGAUAUGGUGGUGGUCUUCCUGGCCCUCCUGGCCCUCCUGGCCCCCCUGGAGCAGAAGGAGAGACAGGUUAUCCAGGAGAACGUGGAAAUCCUGGUCCCCCAGGCCGGUAUAUUCCUGGUCCUCCUGGACUUCCUGGCCUCCCUGGAGAGAUUGGCCAGAAGGGAGAUAAAGGAGAUGAUGGACUCUCUCUUGAAGGUCCAAGGGGAGCUGAUGGACAACCUGGCCUCCCUGGAGAACCAGGACCGAUCAAUAAAGACUGUAACAUUGAAAAAGGAGCUCAAGGCCCUCCUGGACCUGCUGGGUUGCAAGGAGAGAUAGGACAGAAAGGUGUUAAAGGUGAAACAUGCACUGAGUGCACUGUUUCUGGGCAACCAGGUGUGCCUGGUCCUCCAGGGCCAAAGGGUCAGCAAGGUUAUCCUGGACAAGCAGGGAGUAAAGGAGAGAAGGGUGUGACAGGACCACCUGGGCCUGAUGGAGUUCCUGGUCAAGAUGGCUCUCCAGGUUUAAUGGGUGCCCCUGGCGCUCACGGUGAGCCUGGUGAUGUCUAUGUGGCUCCAGGGCUGAAAGGAGAUAAGGGUUUACCUGGUACUACUGGAGACAGAGGGUUUCCAGGUGUUGAUGGGUUCCCAGGAAAAGAUGGCCGGCCAGGGCAACCUGGACCAAAGGGAGAGCCUGCUAGAUUUGGUAUUAAGGGUGAUCGUGGCCUGGAUGGAGAACAUGGACUUCCCGGUCCUCCGGGUGAGAGAGGUCCCCCAGGUGUUCCAGGCAUAGGUCAGCCAGGUGAGCCUGGUGAAAAAGGCUCAGCAGGUUUCCCUGGUGCACCAGGAAAGCCAGGGUUACCAGGACCUAAAGGUAACACUGGUAAAAUUAUAAGUUUACCUGGACCUCAGGGUGCCCCAGGACCUCGUGGAGAGACUGGCAGACCUGGACUUCAAGGUGACAUAGGUUUUCCAGGUGAGCGUGGACUUCAAGGAAUCCCAGGAGACAAAGGUGACCCUGGACAGUCAGGAAUCGGCCUUCCUGGGCCCCCAGGACCAAAAGGAUACUCUGGGAUUCCAGGUCCUGCUGGGAUUCCAGGAGAGCCUGGUCGACCAGGUCAGGAUGGCUUUCCUGGUCGUGCAGGGACACCUGGGCAAAAAGGUGAACCUGGCAGGGGUCUUCCUGGUCCUAAAGGUGCCACAGGUCAGCAAGGAGUUCCAGGAUUUCCAGGGGAAAAAGGAUAUCCUGGAAUGCCAGGGGUUCCUGGAACUGAGGGACGUACUGGGCCACCUGGACUACAGGGAAUCAAAGGUAAUCCUGGACCACCUGGAGCUCGUGGUGCAGGGGGGCCGCCAGGUCCUCCAGGGCCUGGAGAACCUGGACCACCUGGACCAAUGGGGCCACCUGGAGACCCUGGACCCCUUGGUCGGAUCGGUAUAAAGGGUGAGAAAGGUUAUAAAGGCCUACCUGGUUUAGACAUGCCUGGCCCUCCAGGAGAUAGGGGUAGCCCUGGUGUCCCAGGUGUACCAGGAUCUAGGGGUUUGUCUGGGGAACAAGGACCUCCAGGAAGAGAUGGCUUCCCUGGUGAACGUGGUCUAAAAGGAGAAAUUGGAAUCAUGGGAAUGACAGGACCCCCUGGACCUUUAGGCCCUGUUGGAAACCCUGGAGAGCCCGGACCAAAAGGUGACCCUGGUUUGAUUGGGGUCAGGGGAGUGUUUGGUGAUCCAGGUCCCAAGGGUGAGAGAGGAGAGCAGGGUCUACAGGGGCCACCUGGAAACAUGAGUGAUGUUGACAUGGAACACAUGAAAGGGGAGAAAGGAGACAUCGGAGACAUAGGUGAUCCCGGUCCUUCUGGAGAAAAGGGGUUUCCUGGAACACCUGGAGACCCUGGAAUGGGAGGAAAAGAUGGAAUGCCAGGAAAAGAUGGAAUGCCAGGGGAAAAAGGAGACACUGGAGUCCCUGGGGAGCCAGGACAAACUGGGGAACCUGGAGACCCAGGUCAGAGAGGAGACAUGGGAUACCCAGGUUCAAUGGGGCCAAAAGGAAUUAAAGGUGUUGGUGGGUCACCCGGUCACCCUGGAUUUAAGGGUUCUGAUGGCCUCAAAGGAGAUAAAGGAGACCCUGGUGCAGCAGGAAUAGGCACCCCUGGUCCCCCUGGAGUGAAGGGAGAUGUGGGUGCCCCUGGUUUCCCUGGUGAACCUGGAGAGAAGGGACAGAAAGGUACAAUGGGUAUCCCAGGGACUCCUGGAACUCAAGGACCUAAAGGAGACAUAGGCUUAAUUGGUUACCCAGGCAGUCCAGGGAAACCAGGUGAGAAAGGUGUCAGUGGGUUGCCGGGGUCUCCAGGAGAUCCUGGGUUUCAAGGACGUCCAGGUGAGCCUGGUCUACAGGGUCCACCAGGUCAGUCUGGGGAGAAAGGCGAACCAGGGGUAGAUGGCUUUCCUGGAUUGGCAGGAGAGAGAGGAGAACCUGGUAAACCUGGUACAGGUUUGCCAGGAGCCCAUGGAGAACCAGGCGGCAAAGGUGACAAAGGCAACCCUGGUUUACCUGGUAUUCCUGGGAGUCCAGGUAUUCCUGGAACUAAAGGUGAGAAGGGUCUGCCUGGAUUCCCAGGGGACCAAGGGCGGCCUGGAGAGAGAGGACUUCCAGGAUCAUCCAUGGAGGGGCCUAAAGGGGACCGGGGAGGUCAGGGACACCCAGGAGAACAAGGUGUGACUGGUGAACCAGGCCUACCUGGCCUACCUGGCAGUGCUGGAGCUAAAGGAGAAAAGGGAGAUAUUGGCUUCCCUGGCCCACAAGGCUCUCAAGGGUUUAAAGGAGACAAAGGUUUCACUGGUACUCCUGGUGAGCCUGGAUUACCUGGUUAUAAUGGGCAAAAGGGUGAGAUGGGACCACAGGGUGUUCCUGGUUUCCCUGGUACAAAGGGUGAGCAAGGAGUGAUCGGUCCUAAGGGUGAUGGAGGUGAUAGAGGAUUCCCAGGUCUUAAAGGUAGCGAAGGCCCCCCUGGACCCCCUGGGCCACACACAUAUAUAAAGGGAGAUCCUGGUGUUCCAGGACCUCAGGGUCCCCCAGGUCUAGUUGGAAUUCAAGGCACCCCUGGACCGAAAGGACAACAGGGUGUGAUGGGACUUCAGGGUAUGAAAGGAUCCGAUGGAACACCUGGCUAUAAUGGACAUCCUGGGGCCAAAGGAGAGCCUGGACAAACUGGACCCUCUGGCCCCAGAGGGUACCCUGGACCUCCAGGUCCUAGUGGUUUCCCAGGUGGCAUCGGCCCUCCUGGCCCUGCCUCAAUGGAUCACGGCUUCCUUGUAACCCGCCACAGUCAGAGUGUUGAUGUUCCACAAUGUCCAGAUGGAACGACGCUGAUCUAUGAUGGCUAUUCGCUGCUUUAUGUCCAGGGCAAUGAGAGGUCACAUGGACAAGACCUAGGUACAGCUGGUAGCUGCCUAAGGAAGUUCAGCCCAAUGCCUUUCCUCUUCUGCAACAUUAACAAUGUAUGUAACUUCGCUUCUCGUAAUGACUAUUCGUACUGGCUCACCUCUCCCGAACCCAUGCCCAUGAGCAUGGCCCCUGUUACCGGUGACAGCAUCAAACCCUUCAUCAGCAGAUGUGCAGUUUGUGAGGCUCCUGCUAUGGUGAUAGCUCUGCACAGUCAGACUGUCCAGAUCCCACCCUGCCCUCGUGGUUGGGAUUCUCUCUGGAUUGGAUACUCUUUCGUCAUGCACACCAGUGCUGGUGCUGAGGGCUCCGGUCAGGCUCUGGCCUCUCCGGGUUCUUGUCUGGAAGAGUUCCGCUCGGCUCCCUUCAUCGAGUGUCACGGUCGCGGCACAUGCAACUAUUACGCUAACUCCUACAGCUUCUGGUUAGCCACCAUAGAGGACAACGAAAUGUUUAGCAAACCUGUCCCUACAACGCUAAAGGCUGGGAGUCUACGAACUCACAUCAGCAGGUGUCAAGUGUGCAUGAAGAGGGUAUAGAGGCACAUCGCUGCGUCUGCUCUUUAUGUCCCAGUUUUACGAACAAACAACAAAUGUAUGGUGCUACUUCUGUGAAAAGCCAUGGAAAAACUUAAAGAAUCCACAGAAAAAAUAUCCGUCUCAUCAUUUAUAGCAAUGGAACCUCAAGAUCUACUAGCACAUGUGCCUCAUACAGAGUGCUUAACUAACAUUGUUCCAUUGUGUCUAAUGAAUGACACUUGUUUACACUUGCACUGAGUUUAUGUAUUAGUAAGAAGGUAACCAUCUUCAGCAAGAAUCCAUAUGGAUCGGAUGCUAUCCUGUCUAGGCCUUUUUGUUUUUUUUGUGUUUUUUUUUUCAGCUUUAUUUAUCGUGCCACUCAACAAUAUCAGAUGCUCACACCUUGUUUAUUUCCUUCUAAAAUGUAUAAUCAAGCAACACUAACAUUAUAUAAUUGGAUAUUUCAUUUUUUCCUACUUCAUGUCAGUAAGAUUAUCAGCACCCUCUUUGUAUGAUGUAGGAAAAGCAAAGAUCAAGCUUUGUUGUAAAUAUAGUGCUCUAUUUAGUUACUUAACACUCUGUCGCCAUAAUCUCUUCAGGUAAAUGCCAUUGAUUUUGUUAUGCUUAAUUAUUUAUGAAAACAUAUGAGAUAAGAGUUUAAGCACCAAAGGGCCUUUCCUUUCUACAAUGACUUCUCUGUGUUAACCACUGCAGAAAACCAUCAUGGCACAUAAACUGUUAUAUUGUGCAAGGGUUUUUUUUUUUUGCAUUAGAAUGUGGCCUCUAGACUGAAAACGUCCACUUAUGAAUCUAUGUUUAGAUGUUUAAGCUUGAUCAUAUGUGCUCCCGGCUGUGCCUGGUCCAUUUUGGUGCAGAAAUAUUGUCAUUACUCUUGUUUAAUGGCACAGUUUCAGUCUCUGUUUUCCCAUGAUGACAUUUAACUUCGUUUCCAUUCUCACAUAGACAUAUACAGUCCCUUCAGUAUCUGUUUAUAGCUCUAAUAAAUAUAACCAGACAUCA